AGUAAUGCAGUAAAGCUGCUGAUUUGGGUGGAAACACGCCGUGCCCCUUCUGCCUCCCAAAGGUCAUCCAAACAGGCCCAUCAAAAACUAGCAGGACUUGGUAGCUAUUUCACUUGUCUGAUGCACUUGAAUUUUCAGCUUUCGAGACAUUCUCAGUCGAUCUUCUGCUCACAGAACUUCACCAAUAAGAAAACUUUGAAAAGUUGGCUUUCCGUCGGCGAAAGGGUGGGCUAGUUUUCAAGCAUAUUCAAGUCUGACAGAGAAUUUGGGCUCUAAACAGAUUGUAAUCUUUGUUCGGCCGAUCGUGAAAGGUAUUUGUCGAAUAUGGAUGUGAAGUCGAACCAUGCAUCCCCGGUGCUUGCAGACUCCUUGCUGCUUACCAAGUCCAGAUUAGGCAUCCCACUGAAUUCAAUUCCGGGUUCAUCACCCGUGAGUCCUCGUGCCCCAGGCUUCCCUUCGAGCCGUUUCUUCGCAUUGCAGAAGAAGAAAUCUAGGCCGUCCAAGCUCGAUGAUGUCCGCACAAGUGGAUGGCUUGAUGCGAUGAAAGCCUCGUCACGAACUCACAAAGAACCAAGUAAAGAAACAAAUUCAGAUGCAGCAUAUUGUUCUUGGACAUUGAUGCAUCCAUCAGCUCUUGGAUCAUUCGACCAUAUUGCUAUAUCCGCAGAAGGGAAGAAUGUAGCUCUGUUUCUUGAUUAUGAUGGGACCCUAUCACCAAUCGUCGAUGACCCAGAUUCAGCAUUCAUGUCUGACUUGAUGCGAUCAGUUGUAAGCAAUGUUGCAAAGCAUUUCCCCACUGCAAUAAUAAGCGGGAGAUGCCGGGAUAAGGUUUAUGGAUUUGUCGGAUUAGCCGAACUUUAUUAUGCUGGAAGUCAUGGAAUGGACAUAAUGGCACCAAAGCGGGCAUCUGGGUCCAAUACGUGCGGUCAAGAUGCAUCGUCGGAUACAAACGAAAAGGAUGCGAUUUUGUUCCAACCCGCCAGAGAAUUUUUGCCCAUGAUCAAUGAGGUUUUCGAAUCUCUCAUCGAGUGCACCAAGGAAAUCGAUGGUGUCAAGGUCGAAAACAACAAGUUCUGCAUUUCCGUCCAUUACCGUUGUGUCAACGAGGAGAGUUGGGAUGUUAUUGGAGCACGCGUCUCUAACAUUCUACAAGGGUACCCGCAACUCCAACUAUGUCAUGGCCGGAAGGUACUAGAAAUUCGGCCCAUCAUUAAAUGGGACAAAGGCAAGGCCUUGGAAUUCUUGCUGGAUUCUCUCGGGCUAGCUGAUUGCUCUGAUGUGUUCCCCAUCUACAUUGGAGAUGAUCGUACGGAUGAAGAUGCAUUCAGGGUGUUGCGAGAGAAGAACGAAGGCUAUGGCAUCUUAGUUUCAGCAGCCCCGAAAGAAACCAGUGCAUACUACUCUUUGAGAGACCCAUCUGAGGUGAUGGGCUUUCUCCAACGCCUGAUUCAAUGGAAGAAAUCAGGUGGUACAAACAACAAUGUACAGCCAAUGGAUGUAUAAUCCACAUUUUAUUUUUUGCAGCAGAGUAGUCUGUUUGAGAAUAUAUCCGGUGCUAAUGCAAAUAUCUAAGUAAUCAAGCGAUCAGUAUCUGUACUGGUGGCCCACAAUCUACAAGAUUGGGACCGUUCAUCUGUUGUCGAUCGAAGGUGUUCUAACCACUUCAGUGUGAUUUUUCGAGUAUUACAAUCAGUUGAUUGACAAAAAAAAAAAAAAAAACGUUCCAAACCAAUGGUUAAUAUUGGAUGGGCCAUCCGUGGGAGGACCCAACAUAUGAAUGGUCCAAAUCUCAUACACGUGUCCACAAGUAUGAAGAUGGAGUGCUUGAUAGCAAUCUCAGAUAUUAGCUAUCUCCAACGGAUCCUUCUCCAUCAUGAUUUUGACCAUUUUUCCAUUUCUAAGCUUGUCUGUUCAGAGCUACAUUGGCAUCUGAAGCAAUUCAUCUGUAUUUAGAUUUGCUAUUUAAUCAAAUAAAUCUAGUUAGGAUAUCAUGGAAUGAAA